AUGGCUGAUGAAGAUUUACUACCAAGUGUUCGGCAACUGAUCAGCAAGAUAGAACCGACUAUCAGAUCAGCCAGUUCUGUUGAUGAAGCAGAGGAAAUGCUUCUGCAUCUUGAAGAAACUGAUGAGAAUUUUCACAGGUAUGAGUUCAUCAAAUAUUUACGUAAUAAGAUUGAUACUGCAUUGAGUUCUCUCAUUGAUGAGGAAAUUGAAAAAAAGAUGGUUGGAGGCCGAGGCAAAGGAAAGGAAGCAGAAAAGAUACAAAGUGUGACGGAAGCUGUUGUUGAAUCUCCUGUAUAUGCUGAGUUAACACAGACCUUGAAACAAACAACCAAAGAUGCCAUUGAUCGACUUUUGGAAACCUUUGAAGAAGAUGUUGCCAAGGAACGCAAGAUUCUUGAAGGAAGAGUUAGUCCUAAAAAGACAGGUUUUCCAUUCAGUGAUGAUAGCUCAUUUGAUUCUUCCUUUAACCAGGCUAAUUUUUCUUUUCCAAAUGCAGAAAAAUUUCAAAUGCUUGCAAAUAAUCUUGAGUCCUGCCAACCUCUUGAGGUAAGAAGAGAUGCUCUAAAACAGUUAUGUCAGUUUCCUCCUGCUGAUGUGUUGGCCUGUGAUCAGUGGGGUAAACUAAAGAAAGGUUUAGGAGCAGCACUAUCAGACAGUGAUGAACAGUUAGAAGACAGAAGUUUGAAAUUCCAUGCUAAAAUGUUCUCAACCAAUUCGCAUACUAUCACAAAAGAAGUCUACACAAGUCUUGUUGAUCAUCUAGCCACGUUGUUCCAAUCACGUAAAAGUAAGGCAUCUAUAACGACUAGUGAAGGGCUGAAUACAAGUGAGCAAAAUGUGCAAAGAGUGCUCAGAAAGUUUCGACUAAUGAAUGAAUUUCAGCGACAAGCACCGUCCUAUUGGAUUAGAUUUCCUGAGAAAUUUGUAGAUGAUGUACUGGAGAGUACCUUGUCUCUUCUUGCUAUUCAUACAGCUAGUGAGACCAUGACACCAUUGCAUUAUUUGUCAUUAUUGGAUCCACAGGCAAUGUGGUUUAAAAUGUGGAUGAUUGACACUUGUGUGAAGUUUUUAAUGGACUUUGUAUCAUCCAGAAAGAUGCCUCAAGAUAUUGUCAGUGAUGUCACUGAAAAGUUGAAAAAAGGAAAAAUUGGUGAAGACCGAAGAAUACUCUUCACUGCACGAGAAGUAGAAUAUGUGUAUUUUGUACAUUGUUUGGGAAUAGUUGGAGUUGUAUUAUUGUAUCAUAAUGGCAGAGACUUGUUCCCUGUUAAACAUAGAGACAAAGAAGUUGCUGUCACCGAUUUAUUGGUAGCAUUGAUACAGCUUCUAUCUGAUGGAGGGUCACAACACAUGUUAAAAAGAGCUGCUGUGUUUGAUCCUGGUAACCUUGUUCGUGAUGUCCUAAAGAACUUGUCAGCAUCCCAUGCAGUUUGUUCGGCUUGCAUUUGUAAAAAUAAAGUGAUCACAGAGCUGAUAAGUCCAAUCAAAUCAUGGCUACCAGGGAAGAAGAAUAAAGCACCAUCCAAGUUACCCAAGGAGUCUACAUUACUGCACAUAGCUGAGAUACUGUCUGUAUUGGCAUCCCUACAGUGUGGUAGACAGAUACUACUGUAUGGUGAAUCAAAAGAAAGAUUACAAACCAAUAAAUCAGCUCCCAUGCAUUCCAUAGUGGAAUUUGCUAAGAAGUCUUUAAGUCAUUCUCUGUCAACAAGCCUGGGCCCACCACCAUCAAGAGCAGUGGUUGGUGCAUAUGUAUUUGUAUGUAGACAGUUGUACAGUAACUGUGAAGGUUUACAUGUGCUUUAUCACUAUGGCUUACACACCUAUAUCGCUGAUGCUUGGAAAGAGGCAAAAGAAGAAUGUGAGAGAGCACCAACACCAACCCCCGAUACUGAAGGUGACACAACUUCACAGAGUGGUAACAAACAAGAGUGUGUUGAUGCAUUUGCAUGGGAGCAGAUGCUAGUGGAUAAUUUAUUAAAUUUUGCAGGUACACCUAAGUUUAUCGGUAAUGCAAGUGCAUUAUUACAGAUCAGACAUGUGAUUAGCACUGUUUUGUUGCUGGUGAUUACGGGUAAAGGUCUCAGUGAUGUUGCGAAUAGAAAGGUCGUAGAGGUUGAGCGCUGUGGUGUAUUCAAACAACAAUGA